UUAUGGCAGCGAACUUGUUGCAACGCAGAUUCUUUACCCAACAAAGGCAAAUAUAUGAAAUGACAAAGAUUGAGGCAGCAACAAUAACAACAACAAGAAGGCGAGUAACGGAGCCAUGUGACGUGUUCCUGAACCAUAGGUGCAGGGACACCAAGAAAACAGUGGCUUCGUUACUCUACGAUCACCUAAGGAGGAACGGCUUCAACCCUUUCUUGGACAACAAAAACAUGAAGCCAGGGGACAAACUCUUUGAUAAGAUAAAUAGAGGAGUUCUCGAAUGCAAGAUCGGUGUUGCCGUCUUCUCUCCUCGUUAUUGUGAAUCAUACUUUUGCCUACACGAGCUAGCGCUUCUAAUGGGGUGUAGGAAGAAGGUGAUACCCAUCUUCUGCGAUGUGAAACCUUCUCAGCUUCGUGUUCUUAACAAUGGCAAAUGGUCCCAUGAAGAUUUUCGCAGGUUUCGUUGGGCUCUUGACGAGGCCAAACAUAUUGUUGGACUCACCUACAAUUCCUCAAAAGGGAACUUAUCAGAAAUCGUGAAUAGUGCGACUGAAAUCAUUAUUGGAAGCAUGAUAGAGCUUGAAAAUGAAGAGCAUGUAUGUGCAGAUGCACAUCAUCAGAACAUGCCCAUUAUUGCUCUUUAG